AUGCCACGACCUGUUAUGUCGAAGCGCUGCGAUGCAGCUAUCUUGGGACCAGGAAACAUACGAUCUGCUCAUUCCAGUGUACUAUGGCACGGAGGACGAAGAGUUCAACCCAUCGAAAUGCGGAGUCAUCACGAUCCAGGUGAAGAACAGGAACGAUACCACACAACUCCUAGCGAGAUCUUCCAAGAGGACUUCACCAAUGUCAGCCCGGAGACGCCGAAUCCGGCCAAAUCAAAGACGAGAGAGUCUGAGCCAAAAGCAGAAAGCAACCUGAUUUGUGGGCUAUUCAUUCGCGAGGACAUGAUCAAACAAUCUUUGGCUGCUUACAGCACAUGGAAGCUGGAGAUUCGAGCGAGCGCUUCUUUGCUUCAGUAG